UGACGGACUAAAUCUAGAACAGAAGAAAGAAAAAAAGUCGUAUUAAUCGUUAUAAAAAGGUCUUAUAACGCAAUAUAUUUCAAAAGUUGUAGUAAAUAAUAAAUGUAUUCGACGAAUGAAAAGUCUUUAGUUGUGUGGUGCAAUGACAUAACGAAAUCGAUCGGUUAAAGGAAAAGAAAAUGUGUUUUAUUGGUGAAAAGAGUUACUCCCGGUCGAUAAAGCGAUUUUCUCGCGAAGUUUCUGGUAUCUUAAAAAAUUUCAAGUCGCUAGGUUGGCUCUCCCGUUUACUUGAAGCCUGAAAGCAGUCACUGCAUUGUGGCGAUUGAAUGGCCGCCUCGUCCAGAGUGUGCAGGUUCUGUUUUCCUGUAAUUACUUUUACGUUGUGUGAUUAUAUUGUACUCGUUUUAAAUAUUACCAAUCUGAUUUCAUUCGGAUUGUCGACAUAACAGCAAAGACCAUAGCACAGCUGUAAAUUUGAAAUGGAAAAAAGCGCGGACGGCCCAUUGUUUCGCGCAGAUAGAAAUAAUGGAGCUGAUGAGGGGGCCAUUGGAAUAUCCUGUAUCGAUGAACGUGUUGCUAUCUUGGAUGCAGGUGCACAAUACGGCAAAGUGAUAGAUCGAAAGGUUCAUGAGCUUAAUAUUCAUAGUGAUAUUUUGCCUCUGGACACACCAGCUAUCACUCUUCAAGAAAAAGGAUAUAAAGCUAUUGUUAUCUCUGGUGGACCUAGUUCAGUAUAUGCAGAAGAUGCACCUAGAUAUGAUGCAGAUAUUUUCCGAAUAGGAAUUCCUGUACUAGGAAUAUGUUAUGGGAUGCAAAUGAUGAAUAAAGAAUUUGGGGGUACUAUUGUAAGAAAAUCAGGACGUGAAGAUGGUCAAUAUCCCAUUGAAAUAGAUACCAAGUGCCUUUUAUUUAAGGGCUUGGAGAAAGAACAAAUGGUAUUGCUAACACAUGGAGACAGUAUAGACAGGAUUGCUGACUGUUUUCGUAUUACUGCCAAAUCAUCAAACUUUAUUGUAGGCAUAGCCAGUGAUAAAAUGAAUUUAUAUGGAGUGCAAUUUCAUCCAGAAGUAGACCUAACGCCUAAUGGAAAAAUAAUGCUGCACAAUUUUCUUUAUGGAAUAGCUGGUCUUACGGGUAAUUAUACGCUUCGUGAUAGGGAAGCCCAAUGUAUUCAAUAUAUCAGACACGCUGUUGAUAAUAAGAAAGUUUUGUUGUUGGUGAGCGGAGGUGUGGAUUCGACGGUAUGUGCAGUGCUAUUGAACAAGGCACUCAGUAAAGAUCAAGUUAUCGCGCUGCAUAUCAACAAUGGCUUCAUGCGCAAAGGAGAAACGCAAUUCGUGGAACAGAGUUUGUCCCAAUUAGGAAUCAGAUUGAGGGUAGUAAAUGCUGCACAUUGUUUCAUGCAAGGCACUACCUCAGUUCCUUUGGAUAAUAUUAAUCCAGCCUUGAAUGCAAACACUAUAAACAGCAAAGGAAUUGUUAGUACGGGAACUACUCCACGAACAAGAUUAACAAAAAUGUUGUGCGCGACAACCAAUCCAGAAGAAAAGCGAAAAAUUAUUGGAGACGUUUUUGUGAGGGUAGCCAAUGAAGCGAUUACAGAAUUAGGUUUGAAGCCGGAAGAAGUAAUCCUUGGACAGGGCACUCUCAGGCCUGACCUCAUAGAGAGUGCAAGUGCCUUGGCAAGUGGUAAAGCUGAUGCUAUAAAGACGCAUCACAACGAUAGCGAUCUUGUGAGAGCAUUGAGAGCACGAGGUCAUGUAGUAGAACCUCUAAAAGAUUUUCAUAAGGACGAAGUAAGACAAUUGGGAUGCGAUCUUGAAAUACCAGCGUUACUCGUUUCUCGUCAUCCAUUUCCAGGGCCCGGCCUUGCCAUUCGCAUUCUGUGUGCUGAUGAACCGUAUAUGGACAAAGAUUUCUCAGAAACCCAGGUCAUAGUUAAAAUAAUGGCAGAAUAUGAACAAAUGCUACAAAAAAAGCACGCAUUAUUAAAUCGCGUAGAAGGUGCGACAAGCGAAACAGAACGUCAACAACUUCGAAGAGUUUCUAGCCGUCGUCAUAUCGCUGCAACACUUUUGCCUAUUCGUAGCGUAGGAGUUCAGGGAGACCGUAGAUCUUAUAGCUAUGUAGUAGGAUUAUCAAGUGAAGAAAGUAUCUCAGAAGGAGUAGAGUGGGAAGAUAUGUUGUUCCUUGCAAGGUUAAUUCCACGUGUGUGCCACAAUGUAAAUCGCGUAUGUUAUAUCUUUGGACCACAACUUCAUCAUCCGGUCACAGACAUUACACAGACACAUCUUACAUCCAAUGUGAUAGCUACCUUAAGACAAGCAGAUCAUUUAGCAAAUCAAGUUUUGGCUGCAAACGGUUGUAUGGGCGUCAUCAAUCAGAUGCCUAUAGUUCUAAUUCCUAUACAUUUCGAUCGCGAUGCCGCUUCUCGAACGCCAUCGUGUCAGCGUUCAAUCGUGAUUAGGCCAUUCUGUACCAACGAUUUUAUGACAGGAACUCCUGCUAUUCCCGGAAAAGAAUUACCAAUUCACGUGGUGAAGAAAAUGGUGACUGAAAUAUCUACGGUACCCGGCAUUUCGCGCGUUCUAUAUGAUCUAACGCCUAAACCGCCGGGUACCACUGAAUGGGAAUAGUAAAUACUCGUCUCUAACUCACCCCUUUCUAUUUUUUCACCACCCCUGCGCGUACCGACUACAAAGUGAAAAAUAUAUUUAAAAAAUAUAUAUAUUACAAAAAUA